CCACGCGUGUUGACUCACUUGUUUGUCUCCCUCGUCGGGCUGAGCUCCCUCGUCGUCUAUCUUGGUCGAAAGUGGUGUCAGAAUGCCAUGAAUUGGCGCUGAAAGUAAUUUUUAGUGAAUUCGUAAACAAAAGUGCAUCAGCGUCUCGUGUCGACUCCGCAACGCAUCAUUAGCCUUUCGGCGAUCCGUCCGAAAAGCCGUCCAAAUCACGCAACACCGUCGGCUGCUCAGGUUGUGAAGUGAAGGGACCCUUGAGCGCAAAAUGGCUGCGAGCGAUACCACAACGGACGAUUCGUUGUAUCCGAUCGCUGUUUUGAUCGACGAACUGAAAAAUGAAGACGUUCAGCUUCGUCUCAACUCAAUCAAGAAGUUGUCUACCAUUGCUCUUGCCUUAGGUGUGGAGCGCACAAGAAUUGAGUUGAUUCCAUUCUUGACAGACACCAUCUAUGAUGAGGAUGAAGUUUUGCUCGCUCUUGCAGAGCAGCUAGGUUCAUUUACACCUUUGGUUGGCGGCCCUGAACAUGUCCACUGUCUUCUGUCUCCUCUUGAAUCUUUGGCAACUGUAGAAGAGACAGUUGUUCGUGACAAAGCUGUUGACUCUUUGAGGACUAUCUCGGCGCAGCAUUCACCUGGGGAUCUUGAGUCUCACUUUGUUCCUCUUGUAACUCGUCUUGCUUCUGGAGAUUGGUUCACUUCACGCACCUCUGCUUGUGGUCUGUUUAGUGUUUGUUAUCCACGAGUCAAUCCAACAUUUAAAGCUGACCUCCGAACACACUUCCGCAACCUGUGCCAAGAUGACACGCCAAUGGUACGACGAGCUGCUGCAAGCAAACUUGGUGAAUUUGCCAAGGUUGUUGAAGUUGAAUUCCUGAAGUCGGAUUUGAUUCCCAUGUUUGUCAACCUGGCUCAGGAUGAACAGGACUCUGUCAGAUUGCUGGCAGUUGAGGCUUGUGUAAGCAUUGCAACAAUUUUGCAACAAGAAGAUGUGGAACAGCUUGUUAUGCCCACCCUGAGGCAGUGUUCUGGAGACCAGUCAUGGCGAGUGCGCUACAUGGUGGCGGAUAAGUUCACAGAGCUCCAGAAGGCAGUUGGAACUGACAUCACCAAACUUGAUCUGGUGCCAGCAUUCCAAACCCUUCUGAAGGACACUGAAGCUGAAGUACGGGCUGCAGCAGCUCACAAAGUGAAAGACUUCUGCCAGAGCCUCGACCCUUACCAGAGAGAGCACAUUAUUAUGAACAGUAUCCUGCCUGUGGUGAAGGAGCUUGUUGCAGAUCCUAACACCCAUGUGAAAAGUGCUCUCGCCUCAGUUAUCAUGGGUCUGAGUCCUAUCUUAGGCAAGCACAACACUAUUGAGCAUCUUCUUCCCCUUUUCCUCACCCAGUUGAAGGAUGAAUGCCCAGAAGUUCGAUUGAAUAUUAUUUCGAAUUUAGAUUGUGUGAAUGAAGUUAUUGGAAUUCAGCAGUUAUCGCAGUCCCUUCUUCCUGCUAUUGUAGAGCUUGCUGAGGAUUCUAAAUGGAGAGUAAGACUGGCCAUCAUUGAAUACAUGCCUCUUCUUGCUGGUCAAUUGGGGGUGGAAUUCUUUGAUGAGAAACUGAAUUCACUUUGUAUGACAUGGCUUGUUGAUCAUGUUUAUGCCAUCAGAGAAGCUGCCACUCUUAACUUGAAGAAGCUUGUAGAGAAGUUUGGUCCUGAUUGGGCACAGAAAACUGUCAUUCCUAAAGUGUUGGCCAUGUCCCGUGAUCAGAAUUAUCUACAUCGUAUGACCUGUCUCUUCUGUAUCAAUGUUCUUGCUGAAGCUUGUGGACAAGACAUAACUGUUAAACUGAUGCUACCCACAGUAACAGCUAUGGCUGGUGACAAAGUUGCCAAUGUAAGAUUUAAUGUGGCCAAAACCCUACAGAAGAUUUCCCCAAUUCUGGACCCAGUAACCAUCUCUGUGCAAGUCAAGCCUGUACUGGAUAGGCUGAACGGAGACACUGAUGUUGAUGUUAAGUUCUUUGCAUCUGAAGCUAUUGCUGGCAUUGCAGCUUGAAUGGACCAAUACAUGAAUGAUUGUACCUGAAAUGGGCAACAAAUGGAUUGGAGUCUAUGGACAUCAGAGCCUGUGUGAAAAUCUCUUCUACAGACAUACCUGUGUACAUACAUAUUUUAUCAUGACUAGAGCUUCUCAGCUGUGCAUCUAUUCAACUGCCUCUUACCAGAUGUAAAAUAGGGCACAUUGUUCAUUUAAAAGGCACACUUAGAUCCUUAUGCUGGUGGCAAAUGAAUUUUAGAAUUGUGAAGUUUAAACAGCCAUUUAUUUAAAUAAUUACCUUAGAUUUUCCUGUUUAGCACAUGGCUGAGGUGACACUAGUAGUAGGCAACAUGUCAGGACAACAUUCCUAAAUGUAGUUAGUUGUAAUUUCUUUGUUGAAACAAGGUUUUUUAGGGAUGCAUUUUUUGUGGCAUUGCCUUCAAACAGCAAGUCAAUUGUACCCCUGAUGGUGGGUUGCAUUGCCUGGCUGUUUGAAGGCUAUGAUUUUUAUAUACUACAGUUUUUGUCUGAUUUGAAGUGUCCUCUCAGCCUGAUUGCUGUUAGCAUUGUACUGAUCUGUUCUUUUAAAAGAAAACAACCAAAAAAACAACUCUUGUAUGAGCCUCUUAUGUUUUUUUUACAUGUAUGUCAUAUCAACAUCUAUUAUUAUGUAAUAUUACAUUGAGGUAUGUAGUGUUUGCUAACAGAAAUUAAAUUAUCAACCAUCUACUUAAA